CGGCCAUAGAGAGACUGUUCCUGAGCACCCGGAAGAAUGUCGACCGCAUGGAUCAUCAUCCCACUUUUCUCAUAGUCUAGUCUUCUCCCUCGUCAUAUAAAAGCAAGUCUGUCACUCGUUAAGCAGACAUAACCCAGUCAAAUCAUGUUCCCUUCAAAGUGGUAUAUCCCUGUCAUUCUAGCUUGUCUCCUACAAGUAUCGCUUGCCCUACCGCUCGUGGCUAGGGAUCCUGAAACUGAUGUCGCUCCAGUCACAGAUCAAUUUGGUGGUACUGGAGGCAGCUCUGGGGCUGACUGGUAAAAAUUGCCCUACCAGCAUCGUCACGACUUCAAUAUGUUUUACGUGCUUAAAACUGUGCCCAUGAUCCCCUAGGCGGCACGCCCAGUGUCUGUUUUGACUUCUUUUUGCGUUUUAUACCAGUGUCCUCGUUAUAAUAUUCUCACACUCGUUUUAUACCAUGGAACGACAUCCCACUUGCCUUGUAUUAUCGUGUAUUCCUCCUGUUCCCUUUUUACGAAUUAGCUACUUAGUCACCUCUCUUUGAUUGUCUCUGUCUUGAUUCUUCUUUCAGUUUGCAUACACACGACUUUGCAGUAUCCGAUGAAUGAAUUGUUGUUUACUCCAUUGCGCUUUUUCGAAUUGGAAGUGCUUUACUCCUUGCAGGCAUAUAGGUCGAUCUCAGGUUCUAGCUUUAUUGACUGUGGGUCCACGGUUAC